GAUGACGUUUGCUGCCUCAGGGAAGUCCCGAGCAGCACUGGGCGCUACUUGGAAAAGAUCAACAAGAAGAUCUGUCGCUGGCACUUCCCUGACCUCUGUGACAAUGACUUGGACUGGAUGCUUGAAAUUGUGUCGUGCGGCACGAUUAGUGACAAGUGCUCUCGCCUAAACCUGGUGCUGCCGAGGGACAAUAUCACUCAAGACGGCGCUGACCGGCUGUUUGAGAUCUUGAGGAAGUGGCGCCCAUCCUAUUACAGUCCCAUGUUUUCACAUAAGGUGACAAUAUACUGCGAGCCGCAUUCCAACCUCUUGAAGUCAGCAAAUAGUGAAAAAAUAAAAUGUGUCGAGUUGUCAACCAUCACCAUCAUCCAAUGGAAACCAGAACUGACGAGCAAAGAGCCAACUUGUCAACGAAUGGUCAAAGUAAGCCAUCGAGGACCCGACAAUGUAACCGUGUAGAUGGGUUCUACCUGGCCGUGGACUGCUGGUGGAUGUUGAGGGAGGACCUUGCAGUGAACUACUGGGGGAUGUUGAAGAAGGACCUUGCAAUGGACUGCUGGGGGAUGUUGAGGGAGGACGUUGCAGUGGACGGCUGGGGGAUGCUGAGGGAGGACUUUGCAGUGGACUACGGCUGCCAGGAGAUGUUGAGAGAUGUCUAGUCUGCACAUUACCUCAUCGGUCUUCCCCCAACUGUGGGGAUGAGUUCGCAGGAAUAACAAGUUAUCUUCGGCGGUGUGCAUGAAGCUGCGGUGAAGCCCGGCGUGAUGAAUAACUGUAGACCAAGAGAGCUUUAUUUCUCAGUGGAAAUUUUUUGUUCUUCAUUUUGAUGAAGAAAUUCGUUCUAGUUGAUGAUCGGAAAAGCGUGGCUUUAAUCACGUUCAUUCAAAUCUUCUUUUUUCUUUAGAAGUGUUCUCAUAAUUCAACUCAUGCUUGAAUAUUUUUUAAUUCUCCUUUUUUGUGUCGUGUUUGGUUUGGGCCAGGUCAGGCACGGGCACGACUUUGAGGCCGAAUCUUUCUUUAUGAAAAUCUUAUCAUUGUUCGCUCAAGUGGAAUUCCUUUUUUUUUUUUUUGACUUUGCGUUUUGUUGGCCAACGCAGGCAUAACUUGUGAGAUGUUAUCCUGCGUAACCUGGCCCGAUGUUUGUUUAGUUGUUAGUGUUUAAGGUCAUCGGUUAUUGAUAAAGGCGGAGAUACUUUCAUGAUGUUUAGACAUCGGUCGCUGAUGGAGGGGAAAGCGUGUAUGGUGAAAACGAUAUCUGAUUUUGACGUUGUUUCUUACUUUAUUUUUUUUUUGUAAUUAUAAGCACAUUGGUCACUGAUGCGUUUGGUUGGGCUUUUGUGAAGUGACCUUCGUUAGCCGUCAGAGGUUACUUCGUUAAAUUCUCCGUGUAAUUAGCGUGGAAAGGACUCGCCUUCAGUACUGGAGGAAUUUCACUUGUCUAGAAAACAGACUUUUUCUCGUAACCCAUGGGUAAUUUAUUUUGUUCAGAAGCAGGCAUCCUUUCUACACUAUUUUGGGAAUAAAAUUUGACCUAUCAUAGAUACAAAUUCUUAUUUGUGGUAGAGUUUUGGUCACUCUCGACGAACGCUUAUUA